CUUUACGACCUCGACCUCGUCAGCUGUCGCGCUGCUUUACGGCAGCAAUCAUGGCCGCGCCCAGGCCCCGCGUGCUGUCCGCUCUAAAGUUGUUGUUGUUGAUUUCGUCCUCGUAAGAGUAAACAGAGACAACAAACAACCAAACCAACAGCAACAACAGCGGCACCGGGCGCCUCCAGCACAACGGACAUGAGUAACGUCGGACUCGCGCGCUGAAAGAGGGUGAAGAUGGUGAUGGUGACGAUGUCAGUGCUUGGUCGGUGCCUCCGCUCCUCGUCGACCUCCUCAUCCUUCUGUUUAUCCUUCUCACACUCCUCUGUUCUUUCAUUAUCACCGUCAUCAUCGCCGUCGUCAUCUUCGCCGUCACUGUUAUCCCCCUCACUGUCGCCGCCAUCGAUACUUGAAUCAAAAUCCCCUUUCUGCCUCCUGCCCUUCUCCACCUCCUCAUCGCCGUUCUCCACUUUGUGCUGCUCCUCUCUUCCCUCUUUCCUGUCUUGUCCCGCCACCUUUCUGUCCAGUUGCUCCACAAUACCAUCGUCAUCACUGUCACCGUCACCCCCAUUGUUCUCACCCUCUGUCGUGGGAAAAACACGAGGUUAUGUGGCGUCGUUGAGACACUUCAGGAGACCAGGCAGUCCAGCCACCACGACCAUCCGCUCCCCUUCAUUCGGCAACAGGAGCACCUGCGAAGCCUGCUGCUACUGCAGCUGCAGUAGCAGCAGCCGCCACCGUGGCCUCUGUCCGAGUGAACGGUCGCUCAGGUCCCCCCAAGUCGUCACAUCGGGGUGGCGCUGGGGUCAUCCCCUGCUGCGGUCGACUUGGAGGGGCGUAGCGCGAACCCCUCACGCCGGGGGGAGCCGCUCCGCCGGGGCGAAAGGGCCCGAGGAGGGCGGCGGGGGAAGCGACACUCGGGGUGGGGGAGGAGGGGGCGACGCGUCGGGAGCUGCCUCGGGGACUCGGGCUCCCGGCAACUCGGCCAAAGAGAACAUCUUUUCAGAGCUGUACGAGAACCCCUGGACGGUGCCCAACGCCCUGUGCGUGACGCGCAUCGCGCUGUCUCCCGUCAUCGCGUGCCUCGUCGCCGACGAGGAGUUCGGCUUGGCGCUGGGGCUCCUCUUGCUGGCCGGCGUCACCGACCUCCUGGACGGAUUUAUCGCACGGACCUGGCCGAGCCAGCAGUCGGCGCUGGGCAGCGCCCUCGACCCUCUCGCAGAUAAGAUCCUCAUCAGCGUCCUCUACAUCAGCCUCACCUGCGCUCACCUCAUUCCUGUGCCGCUGACCGCCCUGAUCAUUUCGAGGGACAUCGCUCUCAUCGGCGCUGUUUUUUACGUGCGCUACCGCACAGUGCCUCCUCCAUGCACCCUGGCUCGAUACUUCAAUCCACGUUUUGCUACUGCCCAGCUUAAACCAACGCUCAUCAGCAAGGUGAACACGGCCGUUCAGCUCUUCCUGGUGGCCGCGUCUCUGGCCGCGCCGGUGCUGCACCAAAUGGACAGCCCCCUGCUGGUGGCGCUCUGGUACGUGACAGCGCUCACCACUGUGGGAUCCGGCUACAGCUACUACCGCUACGGCCGGCAGACGGUCCGCGUGCUCAACGGGACCAAGUGACGGAGCCCCGGGUCUCCCCGCCCGCCACUCGAGGCGGAGAGGAGGGGGGUGGCGAGGGGGAGAUGGAAAGAGGCCGCGUCAAGACGUCUGCCGUCCUCAGUGCCGAGCGUUGCAGCUGUCGGGGCGAAGCCACGUCUGCACAUUGGAAAGAUUGUCCUCUCUGCUCCGGUUCAUGUCUCCUAGUUUUAGCCGAGCCUAGGCGCUCGUUGGCCUAGCUGUCGAGUGUGCAGGUGGUGCAACUGCACCGGGGUGCAAUGAACAUUUUCUUUUUUAUUUUACCAGGUAAGGCCCACUGGGAUAUUUCGCUCUUUUUCAGAAGCGACCUGGCCACAAAUGAUAGG